GUCGCUCGGCGCCAUGCGGCCUCGGGCCAGGCGGGACGGCGCGGUGCCUGCGCCUGCUGCGCCUCUGCCCGGCCGCCCGGCCCGGCUGUCGAGCGGGCCGGCGGCGGCGGCGCCCGGCGCCCUGGAGCGGGCCAUGGACGAGCUGCUGCGCCGCGCCGUGCCGCCCACGCCGGCCUACGAGCUGCGCGAGAAGACGCCGGCGCCGGCCGAGGGCCAGUGCGCGGACUUCGUGAGCUUCUACGGCGGCCUGGCCGAGGCGGCCGAGCGCGCCGAGCUGCUGGGCCGCCUGGCGCGGGGCUUCGGCGUGGACCACGGCCAGGUGGCCGAGCAGAGCGCCAGCGUGCUCCAGCUGCGCCAGCAGCAGCGGGAGGCGGCCGUGCUGCUGCAGGCCGAGGACCGGCUGCGCUACGCGCUCGUGCCGCGCUACCGCGGCCUCUUCCACCACGUCAGCAAGCUGGACGGCGGCGUGCGCUUCCUCGUGCGCCUGCGGGCCGACCUGCUGGAGGCGCAGGCCCUCAGGCUGGUGGAGGGGCCGGACGUCCGGGAGAUGAACGGGGUGCUGAAAGGCAUGCUCUCGGAGUGGUUUUCCUCAGGGUUCCUGAACCUGGAACGCGUCACCUGGCAUUCCUCGUGUGAGGUGCUGCAGAGAGUCAGUGAGUCCGAGGCCGUGCACCCCGUCAAGAGCUGGAUGGACUUGAAGCGCCGCGUCGGGCCUUACCGGAGGUGCUACUUCUUCUCCCACUGCUCCACCCCGGGGGAGCCCCUGAUCGUCCUGCACGUGGCGCUGACCGGCGACAUCACCAGCAACAUCCAGGCGAUAGUGAAGGAGUGCCCUCCGUCGGAGACCGAGGAGAAGAACAGAAUCGCCGCCGCCAUCUUUUAUUCCAUCAGCCUGGCCCAGCCAGGACUGCAGGGGGUGGAGCUGGGAACGUUCCUUGUGAAGCGAGUUAUCAAGGAGCUGCAGGUAAGCCCGCGGAGCAGGACGCGCCUGGCAGCCGGGCCCUGCCUCGCCAACUGUGGCCGGGCCCCGUCCUCGAACCUCGUGGGGGGUCAGGUGUGAUGAGUGGUGGCAAGGCCUUCCACGGCUCUCUAGGCUCACGGGCGAAGACAGGAACUAAAGGGACAGGGAGGAAGUGGAAAAGUGCCGGAUGCCCCUCGGCAAGUCCCAGGAGCCACGAGACUCCCAAGAGAGACGAGAAUGAUGCUGAGAAGAAGCAUCUAGAAUCCAGCUUCUCGGUUGCCUGCGAAAUGUCCCCUGAGGACGUGCGCUCUCUCUAGGGUGACCUCGUCUGGCUUGCCAGGACGUGCCCUGUCUCGUGUGUCGUCCUUGCGUCCCCAGCUGGCAUGAUGCAGUCGUGGCCAUCCUAGCCACGCCUGGCCUCCUCCCCUCCUUGCCCACACCCCCCAGGGUCUCCGAGGGAGCGCCCAGGUUAGACCAGGCGGCUCGAAGGCAAGUGCAUUGGCUUAUCUUGACCCAGCUCCCUUCUCUUUGCUGUUCUGCAAGAAGCCUCCGCCAUCCUGCAGCAGCAACGCAGAGGUUCGCUCUGGGCCUAGGCUUGGAAAAGCUGUCUCUCGUCAGAGGCUUGGACGAACCACAAAGAGUAGAAUCUAAUUAUUAAGUAAAAACCUGGAUUGCUAGUAAUUGGCUCAGAACGUGCUGCUCCCUGCGCUAGGUGCCGCAGACGGUGCGGCCGCGGCUCCUCCUCAGAGACGAGAGUGGGGUUAAAAUGUUUGCAUGUUUUGUAUUAGAUUCGUCAUCAGAUUUAAAUCUGAGAGCGCAGGGUUCAGCUGGGUGUCAGCUUCAUUAUCACUCUCCACUGGUUCUCCCCAGAGGGGAUCAGAAGCCACGUCUAAUUAACAGAAGCUUCGCAUUUCCUCUUUGCUGAAGGUGUUAAUGAGCAGGGCGGGGAGGGGGCGGAUCAGGUAAGAAAGGCAACGAGAGGAGGCAGGAUCCUAGGGUCUGGGUAAACGCACCCACGGAUGUUUCUGAACCAGGGUGGCACCUUAACCCACCCGCCGUGCUGACCGUGUCACUUGCCUGGCACCCGGCCGUGAGCUGGAAAGUCAUCAAAGAAUCUGGAAGGAAGCUGUGUCGCCCUCUCUGCUCGGAAGUGUCCCCUGGGAUGUAUAAAAGCAAAAACUGGAGAGCCACCUUAAAUGUCCCGUGAGAAGAAUCUGGCUAGGCAAAUCAGAGUAUAGUCUUUUAAUCUCUUAAUAUUACUCUGUUGUUAAAAUUAUAGUUUUGCAUUUUCGAUGACAACAAAAUGCUCAUGAUAUAAACCUAUAAUGCAUGAUACAAAAUAAGUGUCUGGCCCACGUAAAAAUUGCAUAGAGAAGCCAGAGGAAUUGUACGUUCUCAAGCUAUUGAGAGUGGUCUACUCAAGAGUAGUGGAGUAUGAUGGAUUUCUUUUCUUUUGUCCUAUAUUUUUAAAAAUUUUUUCUAUAGUGAGCAUGUAUUCCAUUUAUAAAUAGGAAAUACUGAAUUUUUUGGAA